AUGCCACCAACCGAACAAAAAAUCCUCACCACCUUCCUCCUCCCUCCGGCCUCCCUCCCUCAAAUCAUCUCUCUCGCCUCUUUCACUCUCCUCUUCCCGCGCGCUGUCCAAUCAUCCCCUGCUAUCCGAACGCUCUACCGGGACCUCCAGCAUCAGCGCGCACAAAUAAUCGACAAUGUUUCCAAAGCAAUCGAACAAGAAGUACGAAGAGGAAGCGCGAUGGAGAGGGCUGUUGUGAGAAGGAGGAGAGGAGACGAGAGAGUUAUAGAGGAUGAUGAGGUGGGGAUUGAACGAGCUCUUUCCAAUUCGGCUCAAAUAUCCAACCUCCCAUCAUCUCAUCCACACUCCCUCCAUUCAAUCCUCCCUCCCCUCGAAGCAGCAGUUGAAGACCUCGAAGAUGAAAUCGCGCGAAUAGAUGCAGAAACCGAAGAAUUAUUAAAUGAGAUGAAGAAUACAGUUGGUGGACUGAGUGACCUCAGGUUUGGACGGCUUGCGAAUUCGGGGAUAAGGGGACAGGUUUUGGAAGGAUUGGAAAGAGUCGAGGGAGCUGCUGCGACAGUAGGUGCAAAGUGA